AUGGAAGAAGAAGAACCAACUCAUCAGUUUAUAAAAGAAACAAUCAAUCAUUUCAAAUAUAAUGGUAGUUAUAUUGGUGGAUUUAAAAAGAAAGCAACCCAAAGGGUAAUAUGGUUACUCUAUCUUGUUUCAAAUGGUAUGCCUCCUAAUAAACAAACAAAACAUAAUGAUGAUGAUGAUAGUAAGAGUUUAAAUAUUAUUAUGAUUGCUCAAUUAUUGCUCAAAGAUAACCAUGAAUGGAAUGAAUUGAUUGAAUUUAUAAAUAAUGCAAAUCAAUAUGAAAAUAAGAUUGUUAGAUAUAAUGCUUUCAUGUUGAUGUUUCAAUCAAUACGAAUUGUUAUGCAAUCGAAAAGAUUGAUAUCAAGUUGGCUAUUAUCAAAGAUGAUACAAACCUUUUCAUCAUCAUUGUCGACAGCGUUACUUAAAGAAAGACAAAAUAUUGAUUAUAACGGAACCUAUCCAGAUGAUACCCAAAUGGCUAUUGAAGCCAUACUCAGAUACCUAACCUUUGUUCCUAUCUCAAAUUCAAGAGGUUCGUUCAAACAUUGCAAAUAA